AUGGCAAACUCCGAGACCCAGGUUCCAGCUUUCUUGGAUCUAGACAGCAUCUCCCAAGAAUGCAGGGAGAUGAUGUCUCGUCUUCCAAGAGAACGAGGUUGGAUGAACCUUUUCUUGUACCAAUACCAAGGAUUUUGGCACCCUCCUCGGCAGUUGCAGGCAACCAUAAACUGCCAAAGGCAUUUCCAAGCCCAAGACUCGGACAUAAUCCUCGUCACCUAUCCUAAAUCAGGUACCACCUGGUUGAAAGCGCUUGUUUUCUCUCUGAUGAACCGACAUAACCUCCGAGAUCAUCAUCCUUUACUCACUAACAGUCCCCAUCUUCUCGUUCCUUUCUUGGAGCUCGAUCUUUACUUCGAUGCCCAUGCCCCUGAUCUAUCCCAGAUGACGUCUCCUCGACUUUUCGCUACCCAUUUACCGUUCGUUUCACUGCCAGAACCUAUCAGGCGCUCGUCCUGCAAGAUCGUGUAUUGUUACAGGAAUCCAAAGGACACGUUCGUUUCGCUUUGGCACUUCAGUAAAAAACUAAGGCCAAAAGAGCUGCCAAGCCUUCCGAUGGAGCUUCUGUUCGAUAGGUUCUGCAGUGGGGUUAGUGCGUACGGACCCUUUUGGGAUCACGUGCUUGGAUACUGGGAAAACCCUCGGGAAACCCCUGGGAAAACGUUUUUCAUUACGUACGAGGAGAUGAAAGCAGAGCCUCGAGCCCAGCUGAAGAGGCUGGCCGAGUUCUUGGAGUGUCCGUUUUCUAGGGAGGAAGAGGACAAAGGAACGGUUGAUGAUAUCGCGAGGCUAUGCAGCUUUGACAGUCUAAGUGGCUUGGAACCGAACAAGAUCGGGAAAUUACCCAUCGGGGUUGAUUCUAACUCUUUCUUUAGGAAAGGAGAGGUCGGAGGAUGGAGAGACGCCUUGACGCCUUCAAUGGCCGAAGAAUUGGAUCGAAUCUCUGAACACAAGUUUCGUGGCUCCGGCUUCAGCUUUUAA